GGGACAAUCAGGAACUAGCUAGGAUGGUGGGUGGCGUGUUUCUCUUCCAGUUACGGAGGUCAUUCAACAACAAUGGAGACUGCAGCGAUGCGCACAUUGACUGAGAUGCAGCUGAUCCAUCUAGAAAUAGAAGACCAUGCAGACUCGCUCUUCUAGCUGGUCCAUCUUCAUCAGUCCUUUUCCUCAAUGGCGGUCAUAUGAACAAAACAAGCCGGUAAGGUACCAAACAGGAAAUACGCAUAGUGUAGAGCGGAAGUGGAUUUGACCAAUCAGAGGCCCCCUGUGUGCGGCACGGUCUGCGGUCAGCUACAGCUGAGAGGUGCAGCAGAGUGUCUGUUGAGGGGGCGGGGCAUGUCUGCGUUAACUGCGACACACAUGCAGACGACCUGGUUUCUGAGCAUAAACCAGGCUUUAGCCAAUCAUCUGUUAGAACAGAUAGUCAAUGCAUUUUUUACAUUCUAUGAGUGGAUAUUGGGCUACAGCGCAGCAAAAAUGGAAAUAAGGCUUUAAGCCCAGUUCCCUAAUAAGGGAGGACAACUAUGCGUCCCGCUGGACAUUUGACAGUGCAAUGAAAAUCACCAACAUCAUCUUCUUGUUUCAUUGGCUUCAUUUUCAUUCCUAUUCUGCUUUGUUGUCUGGUUCCUCAUCCUGAUGAGUCCCGCUGUGUCUCUCGGCUCUGACAUCACUAAUGCCAUCACAGGGACACCAGGCUGGUCAGAGCUUUGCAUACACGAAACACAAGCAUGGGAUGAACCAGUCAAUGGAUCAUUGAGAUGACCCAAUGAGUCAUCAUUAGUCAUUCUGACCAUCUUCAUCACUCUCAGCGUGAUGCUUGGAUAUGCCCCCUUAACCCCAACCAGGGGCCCCAGGACCUAAAGCACUGUCAGACAGCACAGGGGCCCUGGAUCAUAGGCAGCGACCUUAUGGCAGCCACUGGUUUGGCCCGGUCGGGCUGGGCUUGGGAAACCUUUGCCUCCCCAGGAGCUACCGGCUAACCUUUCCUAGAUCCGUAUGUCCAGAAAUGGUGUUCAUGAUGCAGAAGUUCAGAGCUGAUCAGCGACGGCAGCGUGGUGUACGCCGAAGCCCUGUGGGACCACGUCACCAUGGACAUCCAGGAGCUAGGCUUCAAGGCCGGUGAUGUCAUCGAGGUCAUCGACGCCACAAACAAGGAGUGGUGGUGGGGCCGCAUCGUGGAAAGCGAGGGCUGGUUUCCUGCCAGCUUUGUUCGGCUGCGGGUGAAUCAGGACGAACCCAUGGAGAAGUUCUCCAGCCACCUGGAUGAGGCCCAGUGUGGAGAGCAGGACCUAGCCGCUCUGGGCCGGCUGCUAGGACCUGGAUUACCCUGCAAAGAGGAGAUGAGGGCCAACGUCAUCAACGAGAUCAUGAGCACGGAGCGGGACUACAUCAAGCACCUGAAGGACAUCUGUGAGGGCUACAUCAAACAGUGCCGGAGGAGGACAGACAUGUUCAGUGAGGAGCAGCUUCGGACCAUCUUUGGCAACAUUGAGGACAUCUAUAGGUUCCAGAGGAAGUUCCUGAAGGGCCUGGAAAGAAGGUUUAACCAAGAUCAGCCCCACCUCAGCGAGAUCGGCUGCUGCUUCCUGGAACACCAAACAGAUUUCCAGAUUUACUCCGAGUACUGCAACAACCACCCCAACGCCUGCGUCCAGCUCUCCAGGCUGAUGAAAGUCAACAAGUAUGUGUUUUUCUUCGAGGCCUGUCGGCUGCUACAGAGGAUGAUCCACAUCUCCUUAGAUGGCUUCCUGCUCACCCCGGUGCAGAAGAUCUGCAAGUACCCUCUGCAGCUGGCCGAGCUCCUCAAGUACACCAACCCCCAGCACAGGGACUACCAGGAUGUGGAGGCAGCCUUGGACGCCAUGAAGAACGUGGCCAGGCUCAUCAACGAGAGGAAACGGCGCCUGGAAAACAUUGACAAGAUCGCCCAGUGGCAGAGUUCAAUAGAAGACUGGGAGGGUGAGGACGUUCUGGUCAGAAGCUCUGAGCUCAUCUUCUCUGGGGAGAUGACCAAGCUGUCCCAGCCACAGACCAAGGGCCAGCAGAGGAUGUUCUUCCUCUUUGACCAUCAGAUGGUUUAUUGCAAAAAGGACCUUCUGCGCAGAGACAUCCUGUACUACAAGGGACGCAUGGACAUGGACCUGAUGGAUGUGAUGGACGUGGAGGAUGGCAGAGAGAAGGACUUCAACAUCAGUGUGAAGAACGGUCUGAAGCUGCGGGUCCGGGGCAGCGACGAGGUCCACCUCCUGUGUACCAAGAAACCCGAACAGAAGCAGCGCUGGAUCCGGGCCUUCGCAGAGGAGAGGAAGCAGGUCCACCAGGAUCAGGAGACAGGCUUCUCUCUCACCGAAGUCCAGAAGAAACAAGCCAUGGUGAAUGCCUUCAGAGGUCAUCCAGCAGGGAAACCCAAAGUGACCCGGCCGUAUUGUGACUUCCUGCUACGUCAGAAACAUCCGUCCCUCCCCACCGCCCUGCCCCAGCAGCAGGUCUUCAUGCUGGCCGAGCCGAAGCGCAAAACCACCUUCUGGCAUAACAUAGGUAGACUGACACCUUUCAAGAAAUGAACCAAAGCAGAGAGGAGCUCUCUGCUGGUGCCUGCAUGGACCCUUUCAAUGGUUCCUCUUUUCUUUCCCAUCUAAACCUUUGAUGGCUCAUGGACCGGACAGGUGAAGCUGACUGUGAUGGGAUGGGGGCGGGCUGGUUUGAAAGCACUUUAUUGGUUGGAUAACAAUCAGACAUGGGAGCAGUCUCUGUGGACACUGGUCUAAACAGCAGAGGGAACCGCUCUGCUUCUUUAGACCUUCGACCUCUGCUGGGUGUAAUGGACUUCUGACUGAAAAAGUUUCCUCCACUUCUCUAUGCUUCUGUUCUAUGAUUUGCCAACUUCUUCUUCUGUUAUUAUCUGAUAAUGUGAUAUGGUUGCCUCCAUGUUCAUGCUGGUUCUGUCUGCUUUAAAAGGGAAACAGGUUGUGUUUUUGGAUCCUUUCCAAGUUGUUUUCAGUGUCUUGUGGACUCUGUCUUUGGCUCUUCUUUGGAAGAACGAUGCACCAAACUUGACUCCAGCCAAAGAAGAUAAGGAAAUUCCAUUUCCUCAUCAGACGAAGGUCCGAGGUCCGGAGGAACCAUUAGCGCUUUGCUUCAGUCUGAUGUUUGACUCUCCUCUCGUCUCCCACUGACUGAGAGAAACCAGCCGCUCUGAGCUCCUCUCCAUGCCAUGUUCUGUUGUUUUACACAGUGCCAUCUGAGAUGUGACACACAUAGAUAUAACUAUACUGUGAAGAAGUGUUUUUUAUAACUCUGGUGAGUGCUGAUGUAACCGAGCAGCCUCCUCCUCUUCUGGUUCUUUGAUCUAGCAGUGCUUCUCGUCUCCAGUGUUCCUGCUCCGUGCUGGAGUCUGACCUCAGAUCAGCACAGCAGCUAUGUCAACAACUUCUACUUUCUGUUCAAAUGUUAUCUGAUAUUAAACAUU